GUCAACAAAUUAAAUGUGAUAAGGUUAAAUCAAGAUGGCAGAGUCCGUUUAGAGUAACUGACACAACAUUGUAUGUAAUUUUUAAAGAAAGGAAAAACAAUGGCGACGGGACAAGUGUCGCGUGUAAUUACGGAGGCCAUUCCAACUGAGCCUACCCUUAAAUUACAUAUGCCACACCCGCCUAACAGUAAGUUUGGUGUUCCUCCAAACAAAAUUCGCAAUAAAUUGCGAUUGGAUCCAUCAAGAGCAUUAGAGCCAACAAGAAAAAAGAUUUCUACGAUCGAGGCCCAGCGUGUGAUGUCAGUGUUUGAGGAUACGAUUUGUAAAGCUGAAAUUGUUUCAAUCCUUCCAUUCAUUUUAGAGAAUAGAGAGAGGUUUCGAGUAAGCCUUGGAGCUGAACUCUCUUUGUUAUUGGAUAUUCAUAAAAACACUGUGGAAAGCUAUGAAGAAAUCAAACAGCAGCUCGAUAUUCAGAUGCGCCAGAGACGCAUCAGAACAGCUAGCACAGAGAAGAGUGAAGGUUUUGAGGAUGAGGGAAUGGGAGAGUAUGGGGCCAGCACAGAGAGUCCUAUGCCUGAGGCAGAACAAAUGGGUGGGUCACGGAGGAGCAGUGUAGCUAGUGCAAGGUCCGUCCGAUCGGCCCAGUCUGUGGAGAGCUAUGACAGCCAGACAGAGAGGACCAUGAGAAGUCUCAGUCUGGUAGCACAGCAGCUGAGCAGCUCCUGUAAAAAUAUCCUUAGGGCAUUCUUGACCAAUCCCAAUGCCCUGAGCAUGAUCAAAAACCAGGCAAGGCGAGCAGAGCCUUGCAGUAUGUUUCUGAAGGAUAUGUCUGACCUCAGGGACAUUUUGCUGAACAAGCUGUUGACCACCCCAGAGGAAGAGAAGGAGAGAAUGCAGUACAUUCAGGAGGUUUCCAAGAGGGAGAGACAGAACGCCACAGUGAUUGAGGACCUGGAGCAGAAACUCAAGGCGGCCAUGGAUGAUAAAGAUGAAGAAAUCAAGAAGAAGAAUUCCAUAAUCAGAAAGCUCCAGGCAGAUCUGCGUCAGAUUGAGAAGUUUUCAGACGAGAACAAUAAAAGAGUGACCAAUGAGGCGGAAAAACAGGAACAAGCGGAUCUAAAGAACAGCGAGGGCAAGAAACAGCGCCUGAUGACGGAGCUGAACCAGCUCAAAACGCAGCUGCAGAACGCGGUGAUGGAACACAGGGAAAACGAGCAGGAACUCAGAAGAAAAAAAUUCAGAGUUGAGUCACAAGUUGAGAACUGGAUCCAGAAAUAUGAUACAGACAUGAAUGAAAGACAGAGUGAGUACGAGGAGAUAGACCUGGUGUACACUGAGGAGAAGAAGCAGCUCCAUGAGUUGGAGGAGCGGUUCAAGACGCUGGAGGCCGAGUACCAGCAGAUCAUGGAGGAGCGCCGCGUGGCAAGGGAGAAGCGAGAGGCGGCGGAGAGAGAGAUGGCACUGAUGGUGAAGGCCGCCACCACUAUCCAGGCAUUCUGGCGGUCCUUCAAAGUCCGCAAGGCGCUCAAGGCCCGCAAGAAGAAGGGUGGCGGCAAAAAGAAAAAUUCAGCUUAAAGAAUGAGGCUCACGGAGAGUAAUGGUAGCCAGGUUCCUUCCCUGUAUUACUGUUUAUGAAAUCUGGACGUGAAGAUAUAACAUUGGUGAAAGUUCCUGUGUAUACAUUGUUUGAUAUACAUGUUUACCCCCUGUUUUACAGUUGUGUAGUUGCUACUUCUAAGAUAAAUUCUUUUUACAUUGUU